AUGGAAUCGAGCCAGUGUGCAUAUCCUGCUUCUGCUGGCUUAUUCGACGAACUGUCAUGGAUGUCUAUACCACCAGCUGCCUAUUACACCUAUCCAGUAUCAACAAAUUGUCAAACAGGGUACCCUAUGUCUGUGCAACACCCUUUAUCAUAUCCAAGCAUGGCAAACUGCUGGUACGGCUACAAUACGACAGGUAUGCAAGCAGGAGGCAAGUUCAAGAAAAAACGCAACUUAUUCACAAAACUACAGCUGAACAUGCUUCAGCGAAGGUUUGCCGAAAAGGAGCAUAUAAGACAACCAGAGCGAGACAACUUCGCGCAAAUGAUUGGCCUUACUGGUGAACAGGUGAAAAUUUGGUUCCAAAAUCAACGGUAUAAGCGCAAGCACAGAGAGAGCGGAAAUCGGAAUGCUGGAGUAAGCAGUUCGUCCGGGACUAACACAAGCAUUUCCUCGUUAUCUUCACCAUCUCCACGAGACUCUCCCGAUUCAGAAAACCAAAAGCGCAACGACCAAUCCGAAAUAGGGAUUCGAGCAGUAUCAAUGCAGAGCCAGAACGAAGUAUCGGGAUCCGGUCCCAACAAUACCUUCCAACAGACUCAAAAUUACUCACAGCUCUACUGGGGAUCACAGAUGGCCUACUAUCCAGCUCCUCCUCCAACCUUUCAAGCACAAAGCUACACCAAUAUUAUUGACGAGAAACUAUCCAUAUCAUCUACCUCCGAAAACGAUUUGGAGUUAUAA